CGGCAGAUGCUGCAUUAUUUGAGGUUGGAAUCGACAGUGUAAACUUGAAUUGCGAAUGUCACUGAUCAUAUGAAUUUACGUUCGCAUAUUUGUAUGUAGAGAUUUCAUAACGAAAUUUGAACUCUCUGAAGUUCGAAGAUAAUAGUUCAUUAUUUUUAAAGUUACAAAUAUACAGCAAAAUGAACGUGCGUUCUUUAUUAAGGUUAAACUCCAUCGUCGGAAACGUUAAUUUUGAUAAACGCAGAUUUUACUGCAGCAGAAAUGUAUUGAAGCUUCACGAAAGGGGCAUGUACGAGGAUAUAUUUCCCGAUACUAGUACAAAUGAAAUAGUAGAUUUACUGAACAAAUCAUCCCAAUGUGUUUAUGCUGGCUUUGAUCCAACAGCAGACAGUUUACAUAUCGGCAAUCUACUCAUCCUAAUGAAUCUUUUACAUUGGCAAAGAGCAGGACAUCAAGUUAUAGCUCUUGUUGGUGGAGCUACCGGUUUAAUAGGCGAUCCUAGUCAUAGAAAAUCUGAACGCAUCGAAAUAGAAAGAUAUGUAAUUGAAGAGAACAUCAAAUCUAUUACAAAGAACAUAGAGACCAUAUUUAAUAAUCAUAGAUACUACUUUUGGAAAAAGGAAACGGCACUGAAGCCUCUAAUUAUAGUAAACAAUUUGGAUUGGUAUACAAAUGUAAAUGUCAUUGAAUUUAUCAAAAGUAUUGGAAAAUAUUUUCGGAUGGGCACAAUGCUAGGUAGGUCUUCUGUCCAGGCAAGAUUAAAUUCUGAGACAGGGAUGAAUUUCACUGAAUUCACAUAUCAAGUAUUCCAAGCAAAUGAUUGGCUUCAAUUGAUGAAAAAUUACAAGUGUCGCUUCCAAAUUGGUGGUAGCGAUCAGAUGGGUAAUAUUAUGUCUGGAUACGACCUGAUCACGAAAAGUAUGCGAAAAGAAGUUUACGGUAUAACGUUGCCGCUCAUAACAGCUGAAGGUGGAAAGAAAUUUGGGAAGUCUCUUUUGAAUGCGGUGUGGUUAUCUCCAACGAAAUCCUCAAGCUUCCAAUUGUAUCAAUAUUUCAUCAGAGCUAAAGAUUCCGACGUUGAAAAGUUCUUAAAACUGUUCACAUUUAUACCGUUGAAUAAUAUUACUGAAAUUGUAAAGAAUCAUAUGAAUGAUCCAGAGCAGAGAAGAGCACAGAAAUUAUUAGCGGAGCAAGUUACACUUUUAGUACAUGGAGAGGAUGGACUAUUGGCUGCAAAGCGUGCAUCUGCAGCAUUGUAUGAAAAAUCAAUUGAAUCAUUUGUAAGAUUAAAUGCAUCGGAACUAAUAGAUGUGUUUGAAGGCGCAACUAUAGUAGAUGUCUUAUCUCAGCCAGGAAUUACCAUAUACGAGCUAGCAAAAAAGGCAAAAUGCUUUAAAACUGAUCGUGAUGCUGAACGAAUCAUAACAGCAGGUGGAUUUUAUGUAAAUUAUCAAAAAAUUACUAAUUUAAAUGAGGUAAUUGUACCUGGCAUUCAUAUACUAAGCAAUAAUGUAUCAUUGUUGAGAGUUGGUAAAAAGACGUAUCAUAUAGUUCGAUGGCAAUAAGAU